AAUACUUUAUCAUAGAUCUAGAAUUUUGUUGUAGUGUUUAUUUUUGUGAUUUUGUAUUAUGGGAACAUGGUUGUUGCCUAUUUAUUCUUGAAUCUUUACAUUCAAGAGAAAAGACACAAUCCAAUUUGAUCCUAAAUCAAUACGGAUGCUGAAAAUCCAGCCCAUGUACCAUUUUUCUUGAAAAGCAUGUUCUUUCAACCUCAGUUUAAGUAUGGACUAUUGUCCCAGAAAAACAGGAUAAAAUGUUUAACCAAAAAAGAUGACUAAAUCCCAUUGGUGGGUUUGGUGGGGUUUGGCUCUUUUGCCAACUUAAGCUGGUAGGAAGUUGUAAUGAAAUAAUCACGAAGUUCAAGUUUGUGGGAAGACCAAAAUCUUUGUCUCUUCACAAGUCAUAAUAGCUGUCUUGUCUUCUCCUCAUGUGAAAAUGACAAUCUUCCUCAGUGGAGGACCCAAGAAAGAGUAGCUAACAAUUAGCAUUAACAAAUUUGUUCUUUGCCACUCUAAUUCUCUUGGUUGAAACAAACAAAACAUGCCAAGAUUUUUGGUACCAUAUAAAGAUUACAUGUACUUAUGCCAACUGAUCCUUCAUUCCUACUUCAACCUAAACCACGUCAUUCUCAACUGAACCCCUCUCAUACAACAUUUCUACCAAAACAUAAACCAACGCUACACUGCUUUGUGAUCUUUCCUCCACUCAGUGAGAAUCAACCUCUGUUAAUUAUACCCACAAAGACUUUUCUUGAGAUAUUUAUAUACUAUUUCUUGUAAUAGGCCCUCCUACUCCGCAACCAUUUCCACUGCCUGGGCCGCUGGUACAGUGAGCUGUAGCUGCUUGUACAACUAAAGCAAGAAGGAUAAGCCAUGCCCACGCGCCGCCAUCCACUAACCAUGCCUCCUUGCAUGCGUGUUUGACAAUUUGAAGUAAUAUAUUUCACCAGGUUCUCUUUUUUGCUGAGUAGAAAUCAACCCUCCUCCGCUCUUCUUCAGAGCAUGCAAGAAAUGGCAUAAAGAUUCAAUAAAUUAUCUUUUCAUCUUUAUUUGACUACUGCAAAUAUAUAAUGAUAUAUUCGUCACCUUGUACGCAAGAGAUCUCCCAUUUUAUUAUCUUCUUAGCUUUCUUGUGAUACAAAUAUUGCGUUCCUAAGCUUCUAAAUCGCUCUGAGUUUCUUGCCUCCUAGCUUGUCGGUUUUAUCCUUCUCAUAAACACAAAUUCUGCCAACUCAUGGGGAACUUAUUCCCUCUUCAUAUAUUACUGAGCUCGUGUAUCAGAUUAUCAGCCUGCAGAAAUAGAAAGGUUUUGCAGGUGGUUAAAAUGGAUGGCAAGGUUAUGGAGUUCACAGCACCACUUCUGGUGAAAGAAUUGCUGAUGAACUUUGAAGGGUUUGGCGUUAUGUCUUCAAGAAGAUCUUCCAAGCAUCUUCCUCUAAGUUUUGAACUGAAAUUGGGAGGAACAUAUUAUCUUCUUCCUUCUGAAGCUCCUGUGCAGCUGAAGCAUACAGUGGCCGCUGAACCUGAACCGAACGCUGCUGUAAAGAGAAUUAAAGUUGUGAUAACAAAGAAGCAGCUUCAGGACUUGUUAGCAAAGAAGAUUUCAGUAGGAAAGAUUAUCUUAGGGACUGAUAAAACGUGUUCCUUUGAUUCUACUGCAAAUUGGAAGCCUACUCUCACAUCAAUCCCUGAAGAAAAUGAAUUCAACACCUCAUAGCAUGUGAUAGCAGAAUAGAGGAAAGAUUCCGAGCUUAUGAUUGUGAUGGGCAGCCAUUGGGGAGAGGUAUCUAGAUGACAUCACUCUGAUUUUCAAAUUUGUGUGCUUUUGUUCUCUUACGUAUGAUAAUCAGUGUAGUGUAAUUAGUUAACAGUAUGAUAAUCUAGUACAGAUGGUUGCUUUAGUUCAAUAAUGUUCUGAUGAUAUAUUAUAUAUCA